CUUUUGAUUUUUUGAUUGAAACUUUAAUGAUGAACUUUUGAAGAUUUUUGAACAAAUUGUUGAACCAAUGAAUAUCAAAAUUAAAAAACUAAUUCAACAACUUAUCAUGAUGAACUGAUUACGAACUUGAUUCAAACCAAUACUAACCAUCAACACUUUCAAGCUUCAAUCGAUUUCGAGAACUUCAUCUCCUGCAAUUCAUUCAAAUCAAAUCAAAAUAUCAAACCUAACUUGGUUUAUCUAAAUCAUCCUUCUACUCUCAAUCAUCCGGCUUUAAUGUCUUCUCCAUUCUCUCAACAGCGUCCUUCAAUUGCGUCUGUCAUUCAAGAAAAACGUCGAUUGGCUUCUUUACAAUCUCGUCAAUCUAAUCAACAACAACAACAACAACAGCAACAGCAAACUAUCACAUCUUCAUCAGGCUCUUCUACUCCUCCUCCUCAGGUUUUACCUACUCCUUCUCAAUCUGUUCCUUCAAGUGUUCGUCAAGUUAGAAGUAGAGGUGGCACUCGGAUCGGUGGACUUUCUGAUUUAAAUGGGACUACCAGAUUUGAUAGCUUAAAUGGUGCUUUCAAUCGAUUCACUUGGGAUACCCAUCCUCCUUCUUCACCUGGAAUUAACAGAACUCCUUCGGCUUCCACCUCAAACACUUGUCGUACACCAUCUCAUCCAGUCAUCAAUACUUCAGUUUCAACUUGUCUUCGUCUGGGUGAGGUGGUCAUGACGCCAACAACUGAAGAAUGGCGCUCACUUGGCGGGUUGCCUGGCGAUAUGCGAAAAUUCACAGAUGGGCUUGAUAUGAGUGAUGGUCGGGAUGAAGAUGAUCCAGAAGAUGAUUCAGAUGACUCCACUGGUUCUCUCAACACAACAAAUCCAGCUUUAUUCCCAUCUCUCAAUAUUGAUGAUGCAUCACCCACAAUAUCUAAUGAACCUGAUCAAAAUCACAACUCAUCAAGACAAACCCGAUGUCCUCCAUCUCUCAAUUCAAUUUCUCUUACAUGUAACUCUGAAACACAAACGCUUCAAGAACCUUGCACCUCGCCUUUACCAAUCAGUGCCUUACUACCAAGUGAUGUCGAACCAAUUGCAGCAAUUCCUACUCUUACGUCGGUCACUGGUAUCAUUCAUACCAACAUCAGUCGGAUUCAUCAACCCCGUGCUUCAUCUUCCGGUUCAAUACCAACUCUUUCGGCCAUGUCAUCACAAUCACUAGGUCUUUCUCAACGGCCUUCGCCUCCUACGUCACCUACCACACUUCUUACCUCCAUUCUUGACGCUUCUCAACCUCCUACUAUACGACCUUGCUCACUCCUGCAUGAUGGAGUGGUCCGAACACCAAUUGAUCCACGCUCAUACUCUGCUUCUACAGGAUAUCGCUCUAUUGACUCAUUUGUGAUUGAAGGCGAGGCAGGUAAAGGAGCCUAUGGGGUGGUGAAAAAGGUAAGGGAACGGGGAGCUGGGCCAGAUGCGCCAUCUUUGAUCAUCAAAUACAUCAUCAAACAGAAGAUUCUAGCAGAUUGUUGGAAACGGCACAAGGUACUCGGACCUAUACCUGUUGAAAUCCAUGUACUAGAUCAUCUCAGGCGGGUGAGCUAUCGUCCAUCAAUAAUCGGUCCUGAUGCUAGUAACCCAGUCUUAUCUAAUGAAGUUGGAGAUGGAACCAUCUCACAUAAUCGACCGAAUAGUUCACAAAGAACAGGACAUCCACAUAUCUGUGGUAUUUUAGAUUAUUUUGAAGAUACUGAUUAUUAUUAUCUUGUGAUGCCAUUCUUUGGAGAUGGAUCAGAUUUAUUUGAAUAUAUUGAUUCAAGACCUGAAGGAUUAGAUAUUGAAGAAGUCAAACGGAUCUUUGGUCAAAUUUUAGAUGCUGUUUGUUUUAUACAUGAAAGGAAUAUUGUGCAUCGAGAUUUAAAGGAUGAGAAUGUGAUUAUGGAUAGAGAGGGGAAUGUUCAAUUGAUUGAUUUUGGAAGUGCUGCUUAUGUUAGGGAUGGGAAAAAGUUUGAUACGUUUUCAGGUACACUUGAUUUUGCAGCACCUGAAGUUUUAAGAGGAGAAAGACAUGGAGGUAAAGAAAUUGAUGUUUGGGCAUUAGGAGUCUUAUUGUAUGUUUUGAUGUGUGGAGAAUGUCCGUUUUGGAAUUCAGAUGAAGCAAGCUUAGGACUUGUUGAAGGUAGUAGAUCAUCGAUUGGAUUGAAUGGUAAAGAUUUAGAUGGGAUCGAUUUGCUUAAUCAAUGUUUAACUUUAGAACCUGAGAAACGGGCGACUACUCAUGAAUUAAGUUCUCAUAGGUUUUUGUCUAAAGACGGUUGGAUUGGUAAACCUCCUGGUCGAACUGAUUGAUUUGAUUGAUGUUUAAUUGAUUCUUGGUCGAGAUGUAGAUAUGCUUUUCUUCUGUUUUUUUUACUCCAAAGUUGAUUGAUAUCUAAAUUUGAUUAUUAUUUCUUACUUUUUCAAUAUCCAUGAUCUUUACCAACCAAAAAAUCACACAAGAUGAUAUAUCUUUCCUCAUUUUUAUCAUGCACUGUUAUUAUGUUUUUUCAAAGAAGAGAAAAAAAAUUUCGAAUGAGAGAGAAUAGGUUUUUUUUCAUGUUUUUUGUUUGCUUGAAAUCUUUGUUAUGAAUAUUUCGUUUUUUUAGCUUUCUAACUGUAUGUCUUGCUUCUGUUGAACAGUUGUUCUUGUUUUCUUUUGUUUGUUUAAUUUUUGAUUGUUGAAUAUGAUUUCUUUUUAUAAUCUUUU